UUCAUCUUCCUUCAGUUUCGGAUUCUGUGUCUGUCUGAUUACUCUUUACACCCCCUCCACACAGCUUGUCCCUGUUCAUUGUUAAAGGUCUAAUCUUUAGAUGUGUAACUAAAAGAAUCUGUUUCUAACAUCUGAGAAGACUCUGUUACGAAAGUAGCAAUCUUUGGUCUAUUUGUUGAUUUCUCUGAACAUGAUUUCUUAGACAAACAAAAUGUCAGUUGUGGUGUAAAUGUCGAAUGAUUCAGCUCAUACGCCCUUGUUACCAACUGACAAGGUAGAUACCAUGGCUCAAGAUUUCAACCAAAGCUCAAGAAUUUCUUCUUCAAGGAAAAGAAGAUUGCGUCGCUCUAGAAGCGCUCCUCGUGGUGAUUGUAUGUACAGUGAUGAUGUUAAAAUCGAUGAACCACCUCCAAAUCCUAGUAAAAUCCCAAUGUUCACUGAUGUAAACCCUAACCUCAGGCGAGUGAUCAUGUUCUUGGCUUUAUAUUUAGCCGUUGGUACUUUCUGUUUCUACUUCGUGAGAGACCAGAUCUCAGGUCGUAAGACCAAUGGUGUGUUGGAUGCUGUCUAUUUCUGUAUUGUAACGAUGACAACCGUUGGAUACGGUGACCUUGUCCCUAAUAGUUCUGCCUCAAGACUACUUGCUUGUGCCUUUGUCUUCUCUGGGAUGGUCCUUGUUGGUCACCUUUUAAGUAAAGCAGCGGAUUAUCUAGUGGAGAAGCAAGAGACUUUGCUCGUUAGGGCUUUCCAUUUGCGUCAAAGCUUCGGUCCAACAGACAUUCUCAAAGAGCUGCAUACUAACAAGUUGAGAUACAAAUGCUAUGCUACAUGCCUUGUCCUUGUAGUCCUCAUCCUUGUUGGUGUAAUUUUCCUUGUAAUGGUUGAGAAAAUGCCGGUUGUUGACGCUUUCUACUGCGUCUGUUCCACGGUUACGACAUUGGGUUAUGGCGAUAAGAGCUUUAGCUCGCGAACAGGACGCCUUUUUGCUGUGUUUUGGAUCUUGACGAGCACCAUUUGUUUGGCUCAGUUCUUCCUCUACGUGGCUGAGCUAAAUACAGAAAACAAACAGAGGGCGUUAGUGAAAUGGGUUUUGACAAGAAGAAUCACAAAUAAUGAUCUCGAAGCAGCUGAUCUUGAUGAAGAUGGAGUCGUCGGAGCUGCAGAGUUUAUUCUAUAUAAACUGAAAGAAAUGGGAAAGAUUGAUGAGAAAGAUAUCUCUGGGAUAAUGGAAGAGUUCGAGCAACUCGAUUACGAUGAAUCGGGAACUUUAACAACUUCUGACAUCGUUCUAGCUCAGACGACGUCUCAGAUUCAAAGGUAAGCGUCGCUAUUGCGAAGAUGAAUCAGAAUCUUUGUUAAGCUAUAUUUGCACACAACAGGAAAAGCAAAGACAGUGAAGAGCUUUUUGGAAACUUUGAUUUGUAUCUUUCUGUGAGAUUAUAAUGAAUGUUUAUGCCAAUACUCUCCCUUUAUGAUUGUUUCUUGAUGCUGAGUGUAAAAAUUUUCGUACAUCUCUCUCUAUACGACUAUAUACAUAUGACUUUACUUGCUA